ACUAGUCGAAAGCAAUGUAUGCUAUUAUAUGCAGGGCUUCAGCGACCGUUGCUGGGUGUGCGUGACGGAAUUUCCACCAUGUGGCUGGGGGUGAAGCACGAGCAUGAGGUUGGGGGCCAGGAUGUAUCCAGGGACUUUGAGCUUUCUUAAUUCCACCGAUUUCCCCCAAAAUGGGUGGCCGACGUGGCAGACCACGAUCAUCCCGGAAGGACGCUGUGCUGGGGACGUUUCAGCGUUUUCGUUGCGGGCAUGUUCCAGCAUGCAGAGUCGCCAGACUUCGAGAGUCGAGGAUACAGUUUCUGAAUCAACCACGAUACUUACUUCUGUAUUUGCUAGCGAUUCGGAUGCUGCACUGCUAAUGUUCUCUGGUAGAUUGCAUGGCAAGUCUUUGUACCUGCAUAUGUUUUGUGAGUUUCCGGAUGGCGGAAUCACAUCCGGACCAUUAGGAAUGUUCCGAGCCUGGUUGGCUGGCCCUACACCACCAGCGGGUCGAUGCGGUACCUGCACACGUGCAGCAGCAGCAAUCUUUGAUCGAAAUCGUCGAGGACCUUGUCCAAUAAUCGGAUGGGGCUGGACGCAAUGUCCAGCAUCCCAUGCCAAGAGAUCGUAUUUAAGAGUCUGUGAUAUACGAGAGGUUGGUCCGAGUUGUUAGCGAAGCUCCGACCGCGAGUUACUUCAUAAGGUCAACGUACCCGCUGAGGAAGGUAGGCCUCCGAAAACUUUCAAGCAGCGUCUUGAAACAUCUUGUACAAAGAUAUCGAUCA